CCUCUGCACUGCAAAAAUUAGAUGCCCAGAAAAGGUACGUGACCGAGCAAAGGCACCCAGAUUUGUUUUCUUCACUCUCCUGGGGCAAAAAUGACUCUCCUUGCGUUGGUGAUGUUCCUCUUGACUUGGGGUCUAACUGGCACAGGCGGAAGUCUCCUAGAACUUGCACAGAUGAUCAAAGACGUUACAGGGAAAAAUGCUGUACCACAUUAUUCCAGCUAUGGGUGUUAUUGUGGAUUGGGUGGCAAAGGAACGCCACUAGAUGAAACUGACCGCUGCUGUUACGACCACGACCGCUGCUACGACCGAGUUGAUGCAGAAGGAUGCGAUUCCAAAGCCACCUUUUACCACUACUCAGUGCACUCAGGGAAAGUCAAAUGUGGUGGUGGGGAGUGGUGGAGAAAACGGAUAUUUGGCCACCAGCCGCCGUGUGAGGGGGAGAUCUGUGAAUGUGACAAAAGACUGGUGCUCUGCCUGAAAAAGCAUGUCAAGAGCUACCGAGCAGCUUACCGCUUCUAUCCGAACUUUCUCUGUUUUGGCCCAAUGCAUUCUUAUCAGGAAAUGAAGAUCCAUUGGGGACUGAUGGUGCUGCUCAUUUAUGUAGGUGUUUUGAAAGCCAAUGGGGGCAUUUUGGAAUUUGGAGACAUGAUCCUAAAACUUACUGGGAAAACAUCGUUCCCGUACUAUACCGGUUACGGCUGUUACUGUGGGCUGGGUGGAAAAGGAAAGCCACGGGACGCCACGGACAGAUGCUGUUUCGCCCAUGACUGCUGUUACGAAAAGCUGAAAGACUGCCACACGACUACAGAGAGAUACGAUUACACCAUUGAAGGUGGAAAUAUCACAUGCGGAAAUGGAUCCCACUGUGAGACCCAGCUUUGUGAAUGUGACAAGACAGCAGCCGUCUGCUUCCGAGACAAUCUAGACUCGUACAACAACAAAUACAUCUUUUACCUCGAUGUCUAUUGCACCGAAGAAACUUCGCCAUGUUGAGUACUGCUUGGCAAAGUUACUCUAGAAGUGUAACUUCCAGCAUCCCUGUAGUUUAUAAACUAGGCAUUCUCGGAACUGUCAAUCUUUCAGCCUCUCGCGUGGAGAGAUGCUUCUGCUGAUCAGAAAAAGCUUUGUGUGUUAAGUUCCACCAGCGUAGACCCCAUUGAAUGGAUGGGCGUUUAGUGACGCAGCUCCUCUGUAAAUUCUCUUCAUUCAAAUGGGCCUACUCUCACUGGGACUUACUCGGCUAAAACAAGGGCAUAAUCACACGGACCAUUUGAUUCA